UGUAUAACAUCUUCUAAAAUGAAAACUGACAACACCGCUGCUCCAUCUUUUUACAUAACUUCACAAUAAUUUGUAGUUUAAUCAUUUGUGAGUAGUUUUCUUAUAAAAAACUAAAGUAUAUCAAAAUGAGUGCCUGGAGAGCUGCCGGUUUAAACUACAUCAACUAUUCCAACAUAGCUGCCAAACUUUUGAGACAAGCACUUAAACCUGAAUUCAGGACAGACGCAUUGAAAAGAGGUGAUACCCACAUUAAAAUCACUAAAUGGCAAGAUGGGAAACCAAUAAAUGCUAGGGACUAAUGAGAUAGGAAUCCACCUAUUAACUCAAUAAUUUAAGUUCCAAAUACUUGUUCCAUAGUGUUACUUGUUUAGAAGACCACACUUUUUUGUAAAUAUUUAUUAUUCAAAUUUAUAUCAUCUGUAUGCUAUACUUACAUUUGAUGUAAUGUGGAGUGUAGUAAAAAAGGAAAAUAAAACAAUUGCAUAAGCUAAAA